AUGGUCCGCCUUUCCAUCGCCGCUCUCCUCACCUUCGCCCUCACCGUCUUCGCUGUCGGUGACCCCGCUGGUGCCGCCAAUGUCGGCAACGGCCAGGGCAAGCAGUUCAUCACCGGUGGCUGCACCUCCGAUGCCGACUGCGCCUCGGGCUGCUGCGCUGGCCUCGACGGUGGCGCCGUCUGCUCCGCCCGCGCCGUCGCCAACGCCGCCGGCAAGCAGGGCUGCGGCUUCAACGCCGCUGGGGCCGGCGCCGGUGCCGCCAUCGGCAACAACAACAACAACAACCAGAACAACGGUGCCAACAAUGGCAACGACGGCAGCCAGAACUGCGCCCGCUCCUUCACCGCUUAG